AUGGAAAGCUCCUUGCAAAAGUUAAGUGGCGGAGACGUUGUUGCCCUGGAGGUUAAAAUACCACCUUCGAUGCCUCAAAAUUUGUACAAUGCUGAAAGAGCGUAUCUCAAUUCCUUAGAGAAAGCAGAGGGUAGUGAUCCAGGGAAGGAUUUAUACCCAGUGGCCUUUUCAGAACUAGUUAUCUACAACAUGGAUAGCAAAGUCACCAACACGGAAGCAGCACCGGUUGUAUUUCAGCUUGCUGGCCUAGACUCACCCUACAAGCUUCGCUUGGAACAGCUUGGGGUUGAUUCCCCGAAUGUCCACUCUACCAGGUUGAAGGAACAGCUACUUGCUCGGAUUCCAGAACUUGAAGCCCAUAAGAAGGGACAUGAUGUACUCCUUGCCUUCAAAGCGGACAUAGGACCAGUGCUCCAUGAAGCUAGCCAGUAUAGCAAUGCUCUCCAUCUAUCUAAGGCAGCAGAUAUCUUGAGAAAAGAAAUGCUCCAGCACAAGACAAAAUUCAGCAGCGAGCUCAAAGAUUGCUUUGCUGAGGAGGCUAUCCCACCUGCACUUCUUCAGUUCGUGUGCAGAAUUGAACAUGGUGUUGAUAUAAAAUCACAUCUGACGCACGGAAUAGCGAAGUCAGACUUAGCUAAUCCUCAGCUUUUACAGUUCAACUGCUACUCAAAACGUAGAGAAGACUUGACAACCCAAAUACAUUCUAAAGACCGCGAGGUCCCUUUUGCUGUCUAUGUUGGGUUGAAGGUGUACGCCAAGACACGAAAAAGAGAGUUGAUUGGCAAAUUCCAUGAGCAUGGACUAAGCAUAUCGUAUGACAGGGUAUUAGAGAUAUCCGGCAAGAUUGGUGAAACUGUGAUAAACUGUGGUAUGUCGAAGAAGAUGUUGUGUGCCCACCAGUGCUGCGAAAAGGGCUGUUCACUACGGCCGCUUUCGACAACAUUGAUCACAAUCCCACGGCCACCACAGCUAGCACCGUACUUCAAGAAGAACCCAACCCCAGCCUCAGUAGAUGAAGUAUCACUGCCUGAUCCCAGUCUCUUCCAAAGGAACAUAAGAGUCGAAUACAAAUGGUUUGAAAAAGUUCAAGGUACCACUGAUGUAGAUGAUGAAUCCAAUAUAACAUGGUCAGCUCAUCAUGCGAGCCAGAAACGGACUAGAGAAUGUGAAACCAGCAUCACUUCCUUGCUACCUCUUCUCCGAGAUCAAGCUCAUAGCGUUGCCGCAAUAAAGCAUGCCAUGAAGAAAGUAAGGGAAGCUGUAGUAUUUCUUAACCCAGGGCAAACUCCCGUCCUGGCAGCUGAUCAACCACUCUAUGCCAUGGCAAAAGAAAUACAGCGGUACUGGCCAGAGGAAUAUGGAGAAGACAAGUUUGUGAUCAUGUUUGUUGGGCUGCACAUUGAGAUGACAGCACUGAAGUCUAUUGGGUCGAUGCUAGCAGACAGUGGAUGGACAAGUGCACUUGUUGAAGCUGAUGUAGCCUCUUCCGGAACUGCAGAUUAA